GGAGCCAUGUGCACAUCCAGGCUCUUCACGCUUGUCCUGGUGGUGCAGCCGCCCCGCGUCCUCCUGGGCAUGAAGAAACGCGGGUUUGGAGCUGGGCUGUGGAACGGCUUCGGGGGGAAGGUGCAGCCGGGGGAGAGCAUCGAGGAGGCUGCUCGCAGGGAGCUCCUGGAGGAAAGCGGACUGACUGUGGACACCUUGCAGAAGAUGGGUCAGAUCACUUUUGAAUUUGUAGGCAACUCUGAACUCAUGGAAGUUCACAUUUUCCGAGCAGAUCAUUUUCAUGGAGAGCCAACAGAAAGUGAUGAAAUGCGUCCACAGUGGUUUCGGCUGGAUGAGGUGCCAUUCAAUCACAUGUGGGCAGAUGACAUCUAUUGGUUUCCCCUGCUACUUCAGAAAAAGUUGUUUCGUGGCUAUUUUAAGUUCCAGGGACAAGACACUAUCCUGGAGCACACCCUGAAAGAAGUGGAGGAAGUUUAAGAAAAGAGAAGCAUUUGGCGCAUGUGCUGCUGCCCACAUCAGGCUAGAACACCAUGAGUACUACUGUAAGGGUCUCCUUUCUCAACUCUCCAGCAAAGGAGACUUAUUUGCCAGGUCACUGGGAAGUAAGGAAAAUAAGGGGGUUUCUUAGAGCAGAAAGAAAAGUAACAAGAUUUUCCAU